AUGGAUCAAUCAACCGGGCAAUCUUCCAAGCGCAAGCGAUUGUCUUUCGCCUGUAACUAUUGUCGCCAGAAGAAAACGCGCUGUGACGAAGAGCAGCCCUGUAAGACGUGUCGAUUAGCGGAGGUGGAAUGCAUCACGACCGACAAGCGACGCGAUGGUGCACCUGUCACCCACCGGCGACGAACUGGUGCAGCAGGUCUAAGCCCAACUCAGGAGACUCCGAAUACACCUGACUCCAAUUUAUCGUCUCUCACUCCUGCUUCUCAUGAUCGCCCACGACUGUGGUCUCAAUGUUGGGUUCGAGAUCGCUGGAGAACGGGCCGCUUGCCGAUGAUGCCUCGCCUGUCUGGAGCAAGUAUGCUUGAGUUAACGACAGAAUGGCUUGAUCUCGCAUUUUACCGACUAAAACCCCCCAGAAUAUCAUCUGUCUCGCCUGUGGUAAAUGUUCAAUUUGCAACUUUUGUACCAGGCCCGCCCGCCAUUCCUCCCCCAGAGAAGACUCGUGGCCUGAUAGAUCUUUACUUUGAGACCCUUCAUAGGUUGUUUCCGUUCGUCAAUCGCGAAACCGUGGAAAGUAUAUAUAAUCGCACUCUAUUUCAAUCGCGGGAUGGCUUCUCCAUGCAUCAUGCUUCACCUCCACACCAGGCAUUGAUGUAUUUGAUUAUUACGACUGGCCUGAUGGUUAGUCCUGCCUCGGAAGAGUCCCAGGCGCAAAUAUCGGCUUGUGUGGGGUAUUGUAAUCUAUUGCUUGGAUAUCUCAUUGCCACCCGCUGCUUGGAGUCUGUCCAGGCCAUUUUUUUAUUCUCGAUAAUUCUUCGCAGCUGUGAUAGGCUCGCGUGGGCAUGGGACAUCCUGGCUAUGGGAGGCUCGAUGGCCCAGUCCAUUGGGCUCAACCAAAAAAUCAAGUCACAUCCCCACCAAGAUGGAAACAGUCUAGGACAGAAUGAAGAAUUGGGGUAUCAAACAUGGUGUUGUCUAUAUGUCUUCGAGAAGAUACUUGCCUUUGAGAGUGGGCGCCCAUCCGUGAUUUGGGAUCGUGAGCUUUCCGGGACAUUUGCGGAUCUCAACGACUCCGAUGCUCCAACAAAUACAACACUACAAUUUCGAAAUGUUUCUGUGAGCCUUGCAAAUGUUCUUCAUGAGAUGCAGGAGCGCUCAGCCAGAGCCUGGCGAAGGGAGGAAUGGUUGCCGCAGUCAGCGGAGGAAGCAAUCGAAGAGAAAUUGAAAACCGGGGGAGAGUUACUUGUAUUACUCGAUGCGUGGCGAAAUGAUCUUCCCAAGGAGUAUAGUUUUGACGCUACCUCCACUUGUCGCAACGGACCCGAAAUGGCCUUUAUAUUAUUUUAUUACAACACCGCGGUUAUUCUCUUACACCGAAGCACGCUCAUGAUUAGCAAAGAGGAAAUGAACGAAAUGGUAACUAGAUAUGCACCGAACACGCCAUGGAAGUCAAGGCUUCUCAAUGGCCCGACAAUUGUGGUCGAAGCCGCUCGAGAUAUGGUAAAGCUAUUGGUAACGCUUGUUGACUCGGGUGCACCGAAUUAUCUCCUCACAAUGACAUCGCCGCUAGCUGCAGUAUAUGCACUGGCUGUGCAUAUUUUUCGCGAGAGAAAGUCAUUGUUGAUUCGAUCAGACUUUGAGCUGAUGAAAGUAGCCAUGCAGCUCAUCAGGCAGUCAUACCAGAAGCAUGGAACUGUGUGCAAUAUUGAUGAUAUUCUCAACGGUCUGGAACAAUUUACCUUAAAGUGUCUCGAAAACUCUGGAGGGGACCCCGCUGGGCAGCAAAGCAAUUUUCUCGAUGAGCCACCUAUGCCCGAUCACACAUCUACCCUGGCAUCGAUGGAUCUAGCUUGGGGUCCGUCAGCAUUUGACUGGGCGGGAUGGGAUUGGAACGAUUUAAAUAAUUUAUUGGAGCAUAGCUCGUAG